AUGACUAUAUUAAAUGUUGCCGAAAAAAAUGAUGCAGCUAAAAAUAUUUCAUUCUUUUUAUCCAAAGGAAGUGCUCGUAAGCGGGAAAGCCUUUCGGUAUAUAAUAAAAUAUAUGAAUUCGAAUUUAAACUCUUUAAUCAAAAUUGCAAAAUGGUUAUGACUUCUGUCUCGGGACAUUUAUUAAAUUAUUGUUUUCCUCCAACUCAUAAAAAUUGGAGUACCACGGAUCCUAGUUCUUUGUUUACAGUACCAGUGAAUAAAUUUUGUGCCAAAGAGAAUUUUAAAACUCAGAACAAUUUAAAAAAUGAAGUAAAAUAUUGUGACACUUUGAUUAUAUGGACAGAUUGUGACAGAGAAGGAGAAAAUAUCGGUUUUGAAAUUAUUGAUGUUUGUAAAAAAGUCAAACCUAAUAUUAAAAUUUAUAGAGCAAAAUUUUCUGAAAUUACAUCUGCAUCGGUUAUGAGAGCGAUUAAUAAUUUAGAAAUGCCGAAUAAAAGUUUGAGUGAUGCUGUCGAUGUUAGAAUGGAAUUAGAUUUGAGAAUUGGAGCUGCAUUUACAAGAUUUCAGUCACUGUACCUUCAAAAAAAAUUUCCUGAUAAUUUCAAAUCGACUGUUGUAAGUUACGGAAGCUGUCAAUUCCCUACAUUAGGAUUUGUCGUCGAAAGAUUCAAAAAUAUUUCUCAAUUUAUAUCUGAGCCUUUUUGGAGAAUUGAGGUUAAAGACAAUUCGAAUAAAAACUUGAUUGUGGAUUUUAAUUGGGAGAGAAAUCGUAUGUUUGAUAAAUCUUGUUGUGAGGUUUUAUAUGACAAAUGCAUUGAAAGCAAUUUGGCAAAAGUGAUAAAAGUUGAUAGCAAGCCUAAAUCAAAAUACAGACCUAAACCAUUAGAUACAGUGGAAUUAGAGAAAUUAGCUUCGAAAAAAUUAAAAAUUAAUGCUAAAUUAGCUUUGAAAACUGCAGAAAAACUUUACACUCAAGGAUAUAUAUCAUAUCCUAGAACAGAAACAAAUAUUUUUCCCAAAGAAUUAGAUUUAAGGCCGUUAGUUCAAAGGCAGACCACAGAUUCCAACUGGGGAGAAUUUGCUCUCAAAGUUCUCGUUGAUGGACCAAAUCCCAAUCAAGGUACGAAAUCAGAUCAAGCUCACCCUCCCAUUCACCCAAUUAAAUACGCGAGCAAUUUGACAGGGGUGGAAAAAAAUAUUUACGAACUCAUCGUAAGGCAUUUUUUGGCAUGUUUGUCAAAGAAUGCCGAAGGAAUAGAGACGGCGGUUGAAAUAGAUCUCGCUAAUGAAAUCUUUACAGCCAAGGGGCUUAUGAUAACUGCCAGAAAUUAUCUCGAUGUUUAUCCUUACGACGUUUGGAACGCGAAAGAAAUUAACUUAUAUAAUGUGGGAGAUGUUUUUAAACCUGCCGUAUCACUUGUCGAAGGUAAAACAAACCCUCCGGAACUUUUAACGGAAGCUGAUUUGAUAGCAUUAAUGGAGAAGCACGGAAUAGGCACCGAUGCCACUCAUGCAGAUCACAUUGAAACAAUAAAAGCAAGAUUUUAUGUCGGAUUAAAAAAUGAUAAAUAUUUUGUACCUAGAACUUUAGGUAUGGGUUUGGUCGAAGGAUACAAUAAUGUCGGUUUCGAAAUGGCCAAACCUAAUUUGAGAGCAGAAUUAGAAGCGGAUUUAAGCAGCAUAACAAGAAAUGAAAAAAUGCCACAAGAUGUAUUAAACAAACACAUAAACAAAUAUAAAAAUAUUUUUGAAGUUGUUAAAACGAAUUCGAAAAAUUUAUUUGAAAUCAUUAACUCUUACAUUCAAGGUAAUAAUCCUAUAUCGUCGGAAAAAGAAAAUAAUGUACCUAAAUCUCCGAUGAAUUGUCGGGAAUGUGGGAAUCCGAUGAUAAAAGAAAUAAAAAAUAAUAAAAUAUCAUUUUCAUGUUCGAACAAAUCUCAAUGUUUAAACGUUAUUAAUAUUUCAAAUACGGUUAAAGAUGUAGAAAUAACAAAUGACUCUUGUCCAAAGUGCGGAUCAAAUAGUAAAUUAUUAAAAUUUAAUUUUAAAAAUAAAAAUAAAAAUCGUUCGGUGAAAGAUAUCGGAUGCCUCAACGGAUGCGAUAAAAAUUUAUUAAACGUUUUGGUGGAUAAUAAUUCAAAUAACGGAUCUAAUACAGAAGAAAGAACGCAACAGCAACAGCAUCAGCAGCAGCAGCAAAGGACGUUUAAUAAUGUCGGAGAUAUCACAUUUCCAAGCGUCAGUGAUAUUUUCGACAGCGGAAUCGGUUUUUCUCCCGAAAAUAUUCCCCAGAUCUCUUCUUCUUCUUCAUCUUCUUCUUCAAACAAUGAUUUGUCGAUUCCCAAAUGUUUUUGUCAAUUACCAGCCAUAUCAAGAGUCGUUACGAAAUUGGGUCAAAAUCACGGGAAACUUUUUUACACGUGCAACAAUCAAAACAUUUCAAACAAGUGUAAUUUUUUUCAAUGGGCUUUACCGGAUGGUCAAACCGGAAAUCACGCGAAUAACAACACAAGGGAAAAAACUACCAAGAAAAAUGUCAAAUCCACCGUUUCGAAAACUAAAGAUACUAACGUUGUCAAAUGUCAUUGUUCUGUCUCAACUAAAAAGUGUGUGGUAAAUAAGGAAGGGCCAAAUAAAGGAAAAUCAUUUUUCGUUUGCGGUAAUAAAAAUAUCGAUGGGAAAUGUAAUUUUUUUAAGUGGGCGUAA